UAAGUGAGGAAUUUAUAGCAAGAUUCGAAAUCCAUCUCCUUGUCUUCUUCUUUCUCUUUUAACUUUGAUAAAUCCGAGGAAUUUACGUGGAUUAUUCAUAAACUAUCGUUAUGCGAGAGAUAAUCUGACAAUCUGGUUCAAUGAUUAAGUAUAAACACAUGCUGCAAUCCUUUAUAUAAAAAUAUAUAAAUGGAAGUUUUCUAGGAGAAAUCUGUGUUUUCAUAUAGUUAACUGAUUGUGAGUAAACUGAAUGAACAAUGGAAUGUGAGGGAAUGGACGUUGAAUUACGUACGUCAGUAACAUCAUGUGAAACUUUAAAUAAAAAUGAUAAAACGGAAGAAAACAAUGCAGAAAGCAAAGCUGAUGAGACUAAUCCAGUGCAAUCAAAUUUAUUCGUAAUGACCGAAGAUUCCUGCAAUUUGUUGAAUAAGGAAGCUUGUUUGGGAUCUAGUAAAAUGCCGGACGAAACUGACUUCUUCACCUUCUCACAGUCACAUGUAACAUAUGAUACCUUAUCAAAACCAACAGUAAAUCUUGCAAUAAUGAAACAAACAAGAAACGAUGAAGCUACAAACGUCACAGAGCCAAGAAAUAUAAAUUCAGAAGAUGCUAGCUCAACAGAUUCUCCUUGUGUCUAUAAUUAUAACUGGUCAAGAGCACCAAAGAUGUUAUGUGUAGCGACUAAGGAAUAUCAGCCCACAGAUAUGCAUGAGAAUUUUACAAAAGGUUGUCAAUGGUCUCCAGAUGGAACGUGCUUACUCGUACCAUCGGAAGACUUCAAGAUACGCCUUUAUGAGCUUCCUAGAGAAUUGUACUCUGGCCAAAUUCCAUCUGAUUUUACACAGACCGAUUUUACAUCUGCUUUGACCAUUAAAGAAGGUGGCCUUAUAUAUAAUACUUGCUGGUAUCCUUAUAUGAAUUCAUGGGAACCUACAACAUGCUGUUUUCUUAGUACCAGUAGAGAGAGUCCUGUUCAUUUAUGGGAUGCAUUUACAGGAGAAUUACGUGCAACAUACCGAGCUUAUAAUCAAGUUGACGAAGUAGAAGCUUCUAUUAGUGUUCAAUUUGUGGAUUCAGGAAGGGAAAUAUGGUGUGGUUUCAAGAACGCUGUAAGAACUUUCGAUACAGAUCAUCCUGGACGUCAAACAAGUGAUAUUCACUUUAAACAUGAUUUUCCAAAUAUGACCGGAUUGGUUUCGUGUAUCCGUGAAAAUCCAAUCAUGCCUGGCUUAGUUGCCUUCGGUACAUAUUCUAAAUGUAUUGGUUUGUAUAAGGAUGGGCCAUUAUGCACCUUUAAAACUGAAAGUGGUGUAACACAAAUUGAAUUUAGUUCUUGUGGAAUGAAAUUGUUCUCCGUUGUUCGGAAAAAUAGUGAAUUUCUAUGUUGGGACCUCCGUAAUCCUGGAAAUGUUCUUUAUUCUCUUGAAGGAAGACAAUCGGACACUAAUCAAAGAAUACAGUUUGCUAUCACACCUGACAGUAAACAAAUAAUCUCUGGUAGUGUUGAUGGAAAUAUCAUUGUAUGGGAGUUACCAGAAAUUACAAAUUAUGAUGAAGAGAGUUUGAAUCCAAAAUAUAAAAUAAGACUAUCCAAAGACUGUAUAAAUGGAGUAAGCUUACACACAAAUUUACCUAUAAUAGCAACCAGUUCCGGACAGAGACAAUAUGGCCAAUAUAUUAAGAGCGAACAUAGAGAUAAUAGCGUGAGAUUAUGGUGGGCUACUUGAGAUAUUUAUAGUUUUAGAUAAUUUUUUAUUUAUAUAUGGAGUUUCACGUUGCAUAAAACAAAAAUCAAAUGUUUGGGACGAUGUAUAGCUCGUGUGAUAGUGAUUGAACGUUUACACAGUUCGAUUUACGAAAUUAUAACAUCAAUAUUAUGAAACUGGCCAAUCAUAGUUGUUCCAUUCUCCAAAGGAAUAGCUAUGAUUGGCCAAUUUUAUAACAUCGAUGUUAUAACUUUGAUGAAGUGACGAAAUUAAAAUUGAAUGCCAAUAUGAGUUUACAAAGAAAGUUACUGUUUAUAUACUUUUAUUAUUUGAAAUAAUCCCAUAUCCCUCAUAAAUGUUUCGAUCUUCGAUCCGGAUCUUCUUCAGUGUAAAUUUCUUCAUAAGUAAUCAUUUACUUUAGGAUGUAAAAAAAAUCGCUGUUGAUCUUGAAUCGAGUUAAUCUUUGUUAAUAGUACAAUUGAAAGUAUAAGAAAACGACAUAAAUAUAACAAAAAGCGAUGAAAAUUGUACUCUAAAAUAUGCCACUGAAUUAAUUUCGCAACUUUAAAAUAUACAGUAAUUGUCAUUGAUUUAUUGGCAAAAUUAUUACUUCUGAGAACUACUUAUAAAACUCGGAAUUCCCAUCCUGUAACAAUUCCAACGGGGCCAAUUAGAUUUUGCAAAUCGAUUUCACGGAAGGCAAUGAAGAAUAACUCUCCGUGAUAAAAAUAAUUCCAAUUUUCUACUGCAUCGUACAAACCAUUCACUGAUAUCUAUCUGACGCGAGAAACAGUGAGA